AAUGCUACUUUAACUCAGCAGCAGAUGGAGCGGCGGCGGCCUGCAGAAGAAGACGUCUGUCCUCUGGAGUCCAAGUCUUUGAGGGCGGCCAGAGACGCCACGGUCUUCAGAGUGGACAGGAAGUCUCAGACGGCGUCCAUGGCUCACACAGGAAGUUCCACUAAGGACAGACGGGAAGAGAUAAGACCACCCGUCUCAGGUGGUGGAGUGAUGGCUGAGGAGGUGGUCACCAUGGAGACCAGCGAAUCCAGUGACGAUGAACUGGGACGACUGGACAUUGACCUGGACAGGAAGUCCAAACAGCAUAACCUGACGUCCAGCAACGUGCGCGCCAUCCUGCAUGAGGUGAUUACCCAUGAGCACGUGGUGGCCAUGAUGAAAGCUACCAUCAGAGACACUCAGGAUCUGCCCAUGUUUGAGCCAAAGAUGACUCGAUCUAGACUGAAACAGGCCGUCCAGCAGGGACAGCCGCUGAACUGGAGUCUGUCAGCACUGAACACAGUCAAGCCUCCUCAGUUUGUUGACAUUGAUCUUGAGGAGGAUGAAGACUCGUCAGAUGAAGAGUAUUGUCCUGAUGAGGAAGAGGAGGAGGACACUGCUGAGGAGACUUUCCUCAGCGAUGCAGAGAGCUUGGCUUCACCUCCCAGAAUGCAUCAGAACUCUCAACCUCUGGCAGACCAGAAGACCGAUGAACCCCUACAGAGAUGUCCGGGACACCUACGGGAACAGGUGACGACCUCCAGCCUCGCUCCGCAGCACCUCCUCUCUGCUCCUGAGUCUUCCUUCCUGGAAAGACUAAACGCUGUGGAAGAGGAGCUGGACUGCAGCUACACCUAUAACCAGCCUCUGGACGGAAAAGCUGAUAAUGAUGACGACGACGAUGAUGGUGGUGGUGGAGUUGCUGAUGAAGGCUGUUUGGCCUACCGCACGCGCUCCAAACUUCGUCUGGUUAACGUUCCUCUGGGUCAGCUGGAGGCGGAGCUUCUGGCCCCUGACAUCACACCUGACAUGUACGAGUCCCAGCGGGAGGAGGACCGUCAUUGGACGAAGUGGCUGCAGAGUCUUAUGACCCCCGAUAAUGAAGAGGAAGCCGAUGACGAUGACGACCCAGAGUACAACUUCCUGGACGACCCGGAUGAACCAGACCUGGAGGACUACAGGACGGACCGGGCCGUCCAGAUCACCAAGAGGGAAGUGAAUGAGCUGCUGGAGGAGCUCUUUGACACACUCCAGGAAGAAGAGAUGGCGGCUGAGGAGGAGCAGCAGCUGCAGCAGGAGGAGGCCCCGUCACAAACUGGAACCAAAUUCAAUGUUCCCCAGGCUUUAAGUUUUGAGGCACCGUUAGCCAGCAUGCUAACAGAGCGCCGGCAGACGGUGAGGAAACAGUACGAAGCUCUGCAGCAGAGGAGAGCGCUGCAGGACACAACCAAUCAUCGCCGUGACAUCACAAACCUGAAGGGCACACCGAACCCACAACCCGAGACCGUCACCUCCUUCUUAGUGCUGCCGAGCCGGGUCCGCCCCGCCAUGCACCUGGACUACACCCAGAAACUGCAGCUGCAGCAGCAGAUACAGCAGGUACGUGUCCGUCCCCAUUCCCCCCCCCUCCCACAAACUGAUUCCACUACAGGUGACGAUUCAUCUGACAAAUAACAGUCAUCGGCGUUC